CGUCUGACGACUUCUCCUCGAAUAAUCUACAAAUUUGUCAACAAAGUACAGGAGAAAAGGAUCAUGAGAUUUCGUCAAUGAGAAGGUAAAGGUAGUUUCCCCGUGUAUAAAGUUACACCCUGCCUUCUCUCUGCUUCAGGAACGUCAGAAAUGGUAGCGAACAUGCAAGCAAUCCUUCUUGUCGCAGCGAUGGCGGUGGUGGUGCUCUCGCCAGCCGGCAUGAGGGCGCAGCUCAGUUCCUGCACGCCGGUCGUCUUGAGGUUGUCUCCCUGCCUUGACUACAUCACCGGCAACGUCUCCACCCCAUCAAGCCAAUGCUGCUCGCUGUUCUCGUCGGCAGUGCAGUCCGACCCGCAGUGCAUCUGCGCCCUCAUCACCUCCGGAAUCGCGGCCGCCCCCUCGUUCGGGAUCACCGUGAACCAGACGCAGGCGUUUGGCCUCCCCGCCGCCUGCAGCGUCCAGUUUCCUCUGAGCCAGUGCAACUCUAAUGCUCCGAUGGCAUCGCCUCCGAUAUCAUCGCCGCCACCUCCGGGCUUGUCCACGUCGGAUGGGAACGCGGUCGAAGUCGGUCUACCUUUGCUGGUGUCUCUGCUGGCGGCGGCGGUGUAUCCUCUGGUUGCCUUUUGAGAGGGUAGUCAUUUGAGCUGCGAUAUUGCAUUAAUGGAUGUUUAUUUUAUGUUAUUGUUCUGCGGUGUUUGAGUGGUAUUGUCUUCAUUUUUGUACUGGUCUUGGUCGAUGAAGACAUGAGCACCAAUAAAUAUGUACCCUCAUUCUUUUUCAUUUUGAAAUAAAUAAGACAUUAUUAAUUCAUAGAGAA